UAGUGCUGAAAGUACUCAGGCGGCUAGUUGCCUGUCUAGUCUAUCCCUGUCAACAAUACUGCAACCUGAGACGGGAUAGCCAACCAGCCAGUUGGCUAGCUAAGUAAACCAGCUAAGUUAGCUGCUCUGCUAACCAACUGUCACGACUCGUAAUUUUUCCCUUAAGUUGGCGGGAUACACUGUGUUAGAAGUUGUUUCGACAAGCGUGGAGGGAAAGCUGACUUUAUGGUUUGGCUCCUUCGACUCCUUCGACUCCUUCCUCCCGUGUGAUAUGACAUCACGACUCGGUUACAAGAGAAGCUCGAGCUCUACAGCAGACGGUUGACAUCUGGUCAGGAUGGCUGCUCAGGUGGAGGUUCAGACUACGGAGGUAGGAAGGACAGUGGCAGGAGGACGACAUCUCCUGACUCCCCUGACAGACUCCAGCAAUAAGAGCCUCAUUGACAUCCCGUCUGUCGGUCAGCCGCAGCUCAUCGCAGCUGAACCAAACAAGCCUGCCCCAAGCGCCAAGCCGCGACUUACUCCCAAACCUUUUUCUGUGGAGAAAAAUCCUACAAUUAAGCCCAUACUUGCCCCAAAGCCUCAAACUAAACCCCGACCUGAGUCCACUCGCCUUGUUGGAUACAAACCAGAGCUUCCAAGCAAUCCAAAACCACAGCAGCCGGUUUCCAGCAGCAAACCCAGACCACUUUUAACCAACCCCAACCGUCCUGCCUCUACCUCCUUUCGAUCCCCCGCUAAGUUGAACACUGGACAGACAACAAAGCUAGUAGCCCAACCAUUUAAACCAGCUCCUCCGCAUGACACUGGAGGCCCUAGCAGACCCACCCCUCCUCCUGUGCCAGCACAGAGGCAGAAACCCUCAACAUCAAGCUUUAAAAAACUACCAGCAGCAGAGUGGUCUGGAACCACUAAAAAAGAAGACGAAAAAGGCCACAAUGCACAAGGUAAAGUUGGAACCUCCCUUACUAGAGCAAAGUCCAUGGGCUUUCUUCUUGACGCAGGGCAAGAAAAUGAAGGAAAAGAAAAGGCUCAGCCUGAAACAUCUGUGCCUCUGCGACCACAUCCCAGAGGCUCCAAGCCCAGACCUGUAUCAGCCAUUUUCCCCGGCAGUGCAACGAAGACGGAGAGCCCGGUUCCUGCUCCUCGCUCGGCUGGGAGACGACCCCUUUCAGCUGAUCUCACUUCCAAAUUUGGGUCUAUUGGUCUUUCACUGCACCGGAAAUUUCCUGAAGCAAAUACAGUAGACAACACUCCAGAGGGAAAAGCACUACCACAAAGUACUGAUGAUGUCUGCAAUCCUAUCCUCUCAGACCAAAGCAACAAAAACAAAGAAGAAAUGGCUGCAAAAGAGACCGAUGAAGACAAGCGCAGGGUUAGCGUCAAGUCGCGAAUAAGUCUUUUGCUCGAUUUGCCGUCUUCUCCCGGGUUAGCUGCCGCCGGCCAUGGUUCAGAUCUUCGUUCUCCAUUGCAGCCAACCCCUGAAGGUGAACCAGCAGUCGAUGUUAAACAGCUCAUCAAGCAGCUGACAGAGGAUACAACACCGACUCAGAGCCCUGUCCUUAAACCAGCACUGAAGCCCCGUCCCUUGCCCCUUGACCUAACCAAAAGGUUUUCAGCCGAGAGGUCACCUGACCCUGUUUCCCUCACUGAGGCAGAGGACCGUCAUUACAUCAGCAAAGAUCCUCAGAAGAGGGCUGAAGAAUCAGCUAUCACUCCCAGUGACCAGAAGACAUUUUUGGAUUUAAAAGAUUCCCAAGAGCAGCUCAAAAAGGUCUCCACGCCUGAAGGGCCUGAAGCAGGACAGACGUUUGUUGCUGUUUCCAAGGAAAUUGGUGCAGGCAGUGGAGUCCAAACGGUGCGAGCAUCCUUGUUUGAUAAUGUCGUGGAGAGGCACAGCGUGGUGUUGAUGGAUGAUGGCUCAUCUGUUGACACGGCCAAGGAUUUGCUCAGCAGCACGCCUCUAUUUGAUAGAACAGUUACUGAAAAUAACGGGGCUUCAGUCACCACUAACUACAGCCAGCCUUUAUCGCCAUCAUGUUUUCAACCCGUAUUACAUGCCUUUGACACAGUGCAGGCUGUCGAAAAGAGUCGGGCAGUGAGUGUGAGCGUCCCAUCAGCUCAGUGGGAGGAUAAGGCCAUGACCCUCCGUUCCAGACGCUCAGAAGGGAGCAGGCCUCUUCCAGAAUGGACCAGUCCUGCACAAGAACAGGCACCUUUGAUGCCUCAAACACAGCCACGAUAUCUGAGGAUAGGAGCCUUACAGAAGUGGACCACUUCAGGUCUCGACCAAGACGUAGAUAUGGAGACAGGGAUGCUAAAGGAAUCACAAAGGGAAGGACAAGUGGCUUUAGAUAAAGACAAGGAGAGACAAAGAGUGGCAGAACAGGAAGAAGUGUCUGCAGCACCUAAACGCUUGAAGAUGCUGCAGGCAGACGAAAUGGCAAAACCCAAGGCAACCUACUUUGCUUUAACCGGACAAAUACAGGAGCCAGUUUCUCUUGGGGGUGCAGGGACAAACGCCGGGGACAUGACUAGCCCCUUUGAUGACUUAUUAGGGAUUUCUCUCCUUAGUGGCCCUCAAGGGAAGAGUCUUCCAGUAAGGGGGAGCCCAUCUUUAAAUGAUGAUCCUUUUGGAAAAACAACUCUAUCGCAAGAGCAAGUUAAAGAUUUGAUGAUGAGAAGCCACAAGUCACCCAGGGAGAGCAGUUUAGCCUCAGAUGGACAGAGUAAAGAGGAAAGGCUAGAAGCUGAAAAGAAAAGGGAGCAAAGGAAGGAGAAAGAAAGGCACAAGACUAAGAUAAAAGAAAUUGAAAGUGAAAAACAGACACAGCUGGAAAUGGAGAAACAAGCACAUUUAGAAUUUACACGAAUGAAAGAGUGGGAGAUGCAAAGAGAAUUUGAAAGGCAAAGACAUAAGUCAUUUGAAAAGGAGAAACAAGAAUUUGAGGAGAAACAACGUGCCCUGGAAAGGCAGAAACAGAUUGCGCUUGAGAAAGCACAAGAAUUAGAGGAGAAACAGAGACUUGAAAGAGAGAAGCAAAGGAAACUUGAGAAAGAAAAAAGGCGAGAACUAGAGAGACAAAAGGAGAGACAGCGUGAAAAGGAUCAGCAAAAACAAAAGGAGGAAGAGCGGCUAAAACAGUUGGAGCGACAGCAGCUCUUAGAGCUUCAAAGACAGAAGCAGAAAGAAAAGGAAAUGCAGCAGCUAAAAGAAAAAAAGGAAAAAGAAGAGGCAGACAAGAUGAGACAGAUCGCAUUAGAGCAAUAUGAAAAGCAAAAGCAGGCAGAGAGGGAAAGACAACAAAUUGCAGAGUUUGAGAAACACAGACUGAGGGAAAAGAUGGAAAGGGAGGAGGCAGAACGGAUGCGAGUCAUAGCCAAGCAACAAGAAGCAGAGAGACAGCGACUAAAAGAGAAGCAGAAAAAAGAGGAGCAAGAGAGGCUAAAGUUGGAGCCAUCACAUCUGAAACCCAAAGUUCUUGAUCUGGACUCUGUGCUCAGAAAUGAACCAGUGUCUAAGUCUACUUCUCAACGCAGCGAUGCUGCAACCCGCUGGAAGGAGCCUUACAAGCCUAACAUUCUUGACAUAGACUCCUUUACAUCUCAAGCUCAGCUCUCCUAUAAUAAUGACUUGUUUCCUUCAUUGGGAAUGCAGGGACUAAAUGCUGACUUUGGGGGUAAAUUACAGCCUACAUCUGAAAGUGACGUUAGCUGGAAGAUACCAUCACAGACUUCAGUAGGUUUAUCAAACCCAGUAUGGACGACGCCUCCUCAGGACCCCUGGGAGCUGCGGUCAGUUGAGAUGUCUGUGGACCAGCCUAAGGCUGAAUCUAGAAAACACGCCAACAAACACAGUCCAGAACAGCUCCUUCUCAAUCAUGGGGAACGCAUCCCAAUUCAACAAAGGCCUUGGUCUGCUUUCCUGGAUGAGUCACCCCCUUUGGGCCCUUUUCCUGGUUCAGAGGUUAAAAGUGUGAACUCCCCAGGUGGACUCCCUGCCAUCACUCCUGCAGAGCAGAUCUGGUUGCCCAGAGAGCUUCAGCCACAGAAGAUCAGGGGAGAAGCACAGGGCCCGAGGAGAUCACAGGGAUCCAAGGAGUUGAACAGAUUGCGGUCUCGGAGUGUGUCGCGACGAUCGGCUCCUGCAGGUAGUGCCGUGGAUGGAAGCCCUUCCAGGAUGAGGAGUCGCAGCGCCCACAGAGAGCAGGACCUGCAGAGCAGGGUACAGCAGAAGCAAAGCGUCAGUGGUGAAGAGGAGGUGAAGGGCUCAGAAACACCGGUCCAUGAGACUGACAGUCAGUAUGGGACCUGGGAGACGGGACUACGCACUGAUGAUAGUCUGACACCUGCGACUCCCAGCUCAGAAAGUAAUCUCAGUCCUUCACCGAAAAAGCCAACUCCAGCGCACACACCAGGUGAUGUUGCUUCACCGUUUGAAAGCAACAGUCUGGAUGGCCUCCCUCCCUCAUCCCCACCCGAGAGCCAGCCGCUCUCUUUCCCUGACGCUCCGACCGCCCUGUUAGAUACCAGCGUGCUCCGCUCUAGAGCCCAGCUGGGGAAGAAACGAGCGCCGCGGACACGACCCACCAGGGCUACACGUCAGAGUGCUGCACAAGCAGAGGGUGAGGGAGGAACCACUGAGGACUGGCUCUACAGAGACUCCACAGAGGCAAAGGCUGAGAGUAAAGACGAUGACUCAGACUCUGAGGAGAAGCCCAGAGGAGCUGAUGCUGCACCGGCUGUUGCGUCGCAGCCACAGAGGGUCGCCCUGUUCCCUGGCAUGGACCCUUCAGCUUUAAAGGCACAGCUGAAGAAGAGGGGGGACUCUGACAAUCAAACUGAUGGACCUGCUUCCUCUCCCUCCCAGCUGUCUCGCUCUCCCAAGUCCCCUUUUCUCCCCAGGGCAGCGCGUGUGCUGCCCCCCUCUGGCGGCAAAGAAAAUGGCCAGGAGGAUUCACCCCAGUGGUUGAAAGAGCUGAAAUCCAAGAAACGCCUGAGUCAGUAUGAAAGUGAGAGCUAAGUAAAUAAUAAGGUUGCCUUAACAGAUGAAUCUGUGUGAAACAGAAGCCUUAACGUUUGACCCAGAGAGUAGGAGGAGGUUGAAUCUACAGCUGCUGAUGAUUUUUUUUGGUUUUUUAAACCCCCCCACUUUUUUCUCUCUCUCUCUCUCUUCUCAUCUGGGUCGGUAAAUGUGCAUGGUGCCUUUUUUGGGGGGGGAGUCUCUGUCCUAUGGAAAAAGAAAAACGAGCAUGGAGGAAAAACAUCAGGCUGGUCUGCUUACUCCAUUUCAUGCUUGAACCCAGGGGCUCCAAAACGAACUUCACACGAACACUUUAAAGCGGGACCAGGAGGAGUCGGGAAGGCACAGCACCUCCUUUUCCUGGACGAGCUUCAUCGCAUGCUGGAGGACAAUCCAGCCAAUCCUUUGCAUCCAGUUUCCUCUUUACUCAGCUAAUGUACAGGCUAGCCAUGUAUGUGUUAUCUGUAGAGGUUGCUGAUUGGAGUCACACAAACUUUGCCAUAGGAUGACAUUUCAGACGCUAAUGAUUUCUGCGCGUUGAGAACAAACCUCCACGGUCUUGAUCGUCCAUGGAGGUGCUGCUCAUGUUAGUAUCUGUAAUCAGGAGAUGUUAUAUUUGUAUCCUCAUUGAUUUAACAAAGGUGGAGAACUCGUUUUGGAAAGGAUGUAUCACUACAGCAGAGCUGUUCACUUUGAUACAGUUACACAGCCUAACAGGGGUGCAGUUGCUGCAUACUGUGUAUAUAUUUUUUUGUGAUUUAUCUUUUUGUCAAUGUGUAAGAGGGAUGGGACAAACAGCUUUGUAUCUGUCAAUCAUGCACACUCCUAAUCAGCACAAACACACUCCUCAGUCUUUUAUAAAAACUAAUCAGCCCGUCUUCCCCUUCUUUAGUAGAUUGUAGCUGCGAGCAUCUAAUUUAAGCCAUACUCACCUACUUCUCCAUCAUGUCCUGACAAUACUUUGUGCAAUUUCCCUUAUGUUUUUGUCACUCAUUAUCCAUGCAUGUACAAUCUUUGCUGUCACAUCAGGCUUGGCUCUCGCUGACUGGUUCAGAGGACCUAGAUGUUGACUUACACUACUCCAGGGAAGGGGACGGUUCAUUCACUACAAUGUAAACGAGUCCUGUAAUGCACCAAACUAAUGUGAACAUUUGAACUUCAGCUACGCCUCAUCUCCGUCUUCCUCUCCACAUUUGCCAUCUCCCUACUUACUCCACGCUUCAGUAAAGCACUUUGUCACUUGACGCACUACAGCACGGACACCCACCCACCCACCACCACCCCUUCCCCUCUGGUCUCAUCUUCUGUAUCGGCCUGCUCGUGCAAUGCAAGCGAAUGUGUUGAUCGAGGCUUCAGAGCGAUUGUCCCUGGUGUGUAUGUACAUGGAUGUUUUACUUUGUCAUGAAAUUCAAGGGUUAAUUUUUAUGCCCUUUUUCUUUUUUAAAUUCAAAAGGAAAGGUCUAUAUUGCACUGUGUUGUACUGGCCAGUGUCCUAAAGUGAAUAAAUUCUUAAUAAAAUAUACUUGACUUGCGUCACAGCCUCAUGUAACAUGA